GGACUUUUGUGUGUUUUAAUUGGCCGGCUCGACCACGCUGGCUGAAGAAACAGGAAGAGAACUUGCUGUUAUGAUUUUGCAGAGCAGGGCAGCGCGAUGAAGAAGCAGAGGGAGAGCCAGUGCACUCAGAAGACCAUCUCAUUGCUGAGCCCCCUGGGGACCAUCCAAGUCAGUGGAUGUGAGAAUGGUGUGCACACCAUCCAGAUCCUAAUGGAUGUCGCACCUGCUGAAAGGAGCAUGGCGGCCCCCCUGAGCUGUGUGGUCAACGAUAGCCCGGCAGAAACGAGCCCCGAGUUGCAGCGCUGCGUCGAAUGGCUCCAGGCGUACUUCAGUGAGCCGCAGACCAUUGGGAGUCUCCCGCUCCCUGCCUUUCACCACCCCGCCCUGCAAGGAGAUGCAUUCACCAGCCACGUGCUGCGCGUACUUCUGAGGGACGUGAAGUUUGGAGAGACGGUGUCGUACAAACGCCUCGCUGAGAUGGCGGGAAACCCCAGAGCGAUACGGGCGGUGGGAGGGGCAAUGAGGAGGAACCCGGUUCCUCUCCUCAUCCCCUGCCACCGAGUCAUCUCAAGCAGUGGACAGAGUGGGCUGUACAUGGGCGGCAAGGGCGACCAUCUCAAACAAUGGCUGCUCACCCAUGAGAGGCAGAGAGGGGAAGGCUAAAGCAUGACAGAGGCCAACUGUCCUUCAUUCAGUGCACAUACACAGGCAAGGACAAUAUUCUCUUAAAAAAACAAAAAAACAUGACCAUAAAGUUUAGCGAGCUUGGCGCACUCCGUCGAACUACUGGAGGUUUUGUAGAUUUUCAGUUUAAACUCCUUUUUUUUAAAAAUCUAAGAAUAGAGAUGCUGCAUAGUUAAUGUGAUACAGAGUUGUUGCAGAAUUAGAAUGUACAAAAAUAACUUAAACAGAGAACAGUAGGAAUUACAAACAUAUGCUCCCGUGGGUCUCCGUUGCGUUUGCCAGAUAGUGCUGGAAUGGUUUUUCUAAAGAAUUAUUAUUCCCUUAAAAAUAUGUCUCUCGCAUUGUUGUUGUUGUUGUUUUUUUUUUCCUAAGCAGAAUUAGUCUUUGUACCUCUCGUUGGUUUUUUAAUUUCCUGCCAAGUGAAUGCUUUGUUCAACAUCCAGUGAUAAAGGCUCUGAAUUUUACUGCUACAAAGCUUUGUAGUGAGCAUUUGUUUUGUCUUCAUUUAGAUCUCAUUGUUUGCUCUCGCCUUACAAUCCACCUAGAGCCGACAUGUCUUAUGCAUUAUAUACUGCACUUUUGUUACGUUAGACAUGUUUGAAUAAAUACGUCUCAAACUGA